AGUAUAUUGUUGAUCGGUGGUCGAUAGAAGUGAAAGUGAAAGGCUCUUCCGCUGUUUUGCUCUUGUUAGGAGAAAAAACACCAGAAGCAAAACUUUAACUAUUUUUUAAAAAUAUCUUCGUAAUUAAUUAUAUGUUUGUAUACUAAAAGAGGUUCCCAUACUUACAUUUGGGGUAAGGAUUCAAAAGCCGCAGCCUUAUCCAGCUCAACAUGUCAAGCGAAUCUGUCAAAACUUAAAGAUGGAAACUAUACUCUGUACAAAUUAACUUCUGACUUGAGAGAGAGACAUGCGCAGCAGAGAAGGCAUACAGAGGUAGGGAUACAACGGCUGCGAAGUUGCCGUUCUAACCGGCCAGCAUUCCUCUAAUUUCUCGUGAGUAUUCAAGCGCUCAUGUUAAACUUACGGAGUUUCCUGUCUGGAAUCCUUCAGUCGACUGACUCUAAACCACAAAUUGGCAACUGCGCGUCUACCUAAGACUCUAUUCAUCUCUGUAAUUGGCUGAUCUUCCUCCAUUUCUCUGCGCCGCAUAUUCCUCCAAUUUCCAAGCCUUGAACCUCCUGGCUACGUGGGGUUUGCAAACUUACCAAAUCAAGUGCAUAGGAAGUCAGUAAAGAAAGGAUUCGAAUUCACGCUUAUGGUUGUGGGCGAGUCAGGUUUGGGAAAAAGCACGCUCGUCAACAGUCUUUUUCUAACAGAUCUGUAUCCAGAGAGAAUUAUUCCGAAUGCUGUGGAAAAAAGCAACGAAACUGUCAAACUUGAUGCUUCGACUGUUGAAAUUGAAGAGCGAGGUGUUAAAUUGCGAUUGACAGUUGUGGAUACUCCAGGAUAUGGAGACGCAAUAAAUAAUACUGACUGCUUUCGUGCCAUAAUCCAGUAUAUUGAUGAUCAAUUUGAAAGAUUUUUGCGAGACGAGAGUGGCUUGAAUCGCCGAAAUAUAGUUGACAAUCGAAUCCAUUGUUGCUUUUAUUUCAUUUCGCCUUUUGGACACGGGUUGAAACCACUAGAUAUAGAAUUCAUGAGACAGUUGCAUAGUAAAGUAAACAUUGUGCCUGUUAUAGCAAAAGCUGAUGUACUAACCAAGAAAGAAGUGCUCCGGCUCAAGAAAAAGGUUAUGGAAGAAAUUCAAAGUAAUGGAAUCAAGAUAUAUCCUCUGCCAGACUGCGACAGUGAUGAAGAUGAAGACUAUAAAGAGCAGGUUCGCCUAUUAAAGGAGGCAGUGCCCUUCGCAGUUUGCGGCUCUAACACGUUUCUCGAGGUGCGGGGAAGGCAGGUGAGGGGCCGCCUUUACCCUUGGGGCGUCGUCGAAGUUGAAAAUCCCGAACAUUGUGACUUCAUCAAGCUUCGAACAAUGCUAAUUACCCAUAUGCAGGAUUUACAAGAAGUGACUCAAGAAGUGCAUUAUGAGAACUAUCGUUCGGAACGCCUUGCCAAGGGAGCUGCUGUACCGAAAAGAGCAACGAUUAUCGAUGGGGACAAGGCUGCUCCUGGAGAGAAAGACAGAAUCCUGCAAGAGAAGGAGGCUGAGCUGAAACGCAUGCAAGAGAUGUUGGCUAAGAUGCAGGCUCAAAUGCAGCAACAGCAACAUCCGUAACAAUUGUCUUUUCUGCUUUUUAAUCAUAGACUAAGGUUAGGUUUAUAGUAUGUUUCUAUUAUAAAUGUUUUUGUGAACAAUCUCAAAAAAUAUUUAUUUCCGCAAUUGAUUAAAUUGAAUAUUUAUAUUAGGUAAAUAACUAUUUUGAAAUUCGUGAUGUCUUAUGAUAUAAUGUCUUAUUUUUAUAACUCAUAUCGUAUUUUUUAUAUCAACACUCAGGUUGAAUAUUGUAAUAAAUAAGCAGUGAGUAAACAAUGUAAACAUUAAAUUCAUAAAUGGA